AGCCCCUUGAGAUCAAAGGUUUUGUCUUACUCAGAUUUAAUUUUAGGAGGUGGGAUGGGGUCCACGAAUAUCCUGGUGGAGUCUGGCAUUAGCUUCAACACUCAGUGAAUGGAUAAAGUGGCACACGAUGACACCUGCUUCCACGCCCUCGGGAUUGCUAUUCCUCGGAAUCCACGUGUCAUUCUUGUCCAGACCCAGCCAGGUCCUCUGCCAGUCUCCCCAACCCUGGCUUGUGGCUCCCUCAGGCGCUCCCCCGCAAUGAAACCUCAUCAGCGGACCUGGCUCUCUUCCCUUCCCUUGCCUCCUGUACGCCUUCAGCCAGGUGAGGCUCAGCCAUCGAGAGCCUGGAACUGGCGGUUGAAGCCUGAGUUGUGGGCAAGGUCACUUCGACAGGAGUUGCGAGCCCAGCUCCUCUUGGUCACAGAGGAGAGGUGGGUAGGUUCGCCUCCUGGUGAAACAUCAUCUGAUGCCCUUGAGUCUUGGCAUUCCAUCUGUGCCCUGGGCAGCAAAGGACAGCCUGGGGCCCAUCAGAGAAAACAGAGGCAGUUCCUCAAGGCAGCGCCCGAGACAGAGCAGCCCACAGUGCUGGAACUCCUGCUAGCUGAGCUCAAAGCUCUGUUCUCAGCUGUGCUCCAGGAUCACAGCCCCGCAGCUUGGUGCUACCUGCAUGGAGUACUUGGUCUGCUGCCUCCGUAUCGUGAGUUGCUCGCCGGUCACCUUGAUUUGCUGCCCUUCCUGGAGCAGCUGUUCUGCUGGGCUCCCUGGGUCCAGUGCCAUCUCCAGCUAGACCUGCUAACUGCCAUAGACCAGGCCUUCCCCCCUGACAGCUCUUUGUUAGACAGUGCCUCCCAUGUUGACUGCGGUCCCCAGAAGAAGUUCUAUCAUAAGCAUCCCUGCCCAACCUGCCCUCUGGUGCAGGCCCGGUGGGGUGGGCAGCAAGUGAGGGAUGACUCGGCCACCUGGCUGCGACCGCUGACAUUGCCUGAACUACAGCACUGCUUGGGCAUCGUUGGUGCUGAGGUGGCCCUAGAAGAGGCCCAGUGGCUGGAUGGCCUUAGUCUCCUGCCCUUGGCACUGGCAACGGACAUCCCUGUACAAUAUGAAAAUGCUGGUACUGACAAAGCAGUGGAGGAACCUGUUGGAAGAAGAGAGAUGAGGUCUCAUCUGGUCUAUGAAGUUCCUAUGGAGAAGACCUUCCCUCAAAAAAGCAGUGACUAUUCCUUACCUAACAUUUCUGUCCAGGGUAGAGAGGUGAUAACUAUUCUAAAGACAGAGAGAUACCUGAAGAAGAUCCACUUCCUCUAUCUCAAUGUGGCUCCCAACCGCUACUUUAGGCCCUACAGCCUGAAGGUGGUGCCCCCAAACAAGGUGAAUCCUGAGCACUACAUCUUCUCUCCCUUUGGGAUCCUGCACAUACACCCCUUGGAGGGCAAUGAGGCGAUGACACUGGGUACCUGGCACCGCCACUCUGUUCUCUGGCAACAGCUCCAGUUCAUUCCAUUCUUUAAGUAUUGCCUCUUACGCAAGGCCUUGGCCAGUUGGAAAAAGAAUGUGAGGUUGCAGGAGCUACAUCGACUCCAGGGUGUCAUAGGGAAUCAUCUUCUCUCAGCUGUGCCCCACUUUGGAGCUGGGCUGCUCAACAUUAACAGACUUUUACAAGAGCUACACUCUGUGUCCUGGCUGCCUCAGGAGCCAGACGUGUGCUAUGAGCUUACCGACCUGCAGAAGGCUCUAGCCAAGCAGAACCACAAGGCUCUACGGCUGCUGUGCCACUGCCUGAAGCUUUGUUCAUCUAUUCUUCAUCUGGUUCAUGACGACACAUACCACAUGCAACAGGGCCUGCAGGAGCGAGUGCAAAACUGCAACCGGAUCAGGACAGGCCAAGGCUCUAUAUACCUUCAGAGGGUACAGCGCCAGCAGCUGGAGAAGAAGCUGAAGCAGGCAGAGAUCUGGUUGCUGCAGCUGGGGAAGUUUGCCCGUCUGGUCAACUACAUGAUUUGUCAGAGUCUCGUUUCUAUCUUGGAAGAUGAGAUUACGUCUUUUGUGUCCAACAUCCUGCAAGCCCCGAGGCAGAAACCCUUUCUUUUGUCUCGACUGGUCUUUAAUGAUCACGGCCAGCUGUCUCAUGUGCCUUGUGGUGAGAAUAUGAUCCGGAUUCUAACUGAGGGCCUACAAUCUGUCAAGGCCUCUGUCUUGCAGGUAGUCAAGUCUAAAGACCUGAAGACCUCCGGGGAUUCCCUGCCUUCUGAAGAAGAGGAGGAGGAGGAGGAGAAUUCAGACACAGAAUUCCUGGUACCCAAGUUUCAGAGCCAGCCCAGCGAUGCUGUACGUAUCUUCUGUGGCCCAAAUGUAGGAUUGGUGUGGCCCUGGAAAUCUCACUCAAUUAUUGAUAAUUUGGUAGUCCGUGGGUGCAAGCUUCGGGGCCAGUACUGGCCCCAUAAUUAUAAGCAGCUGCAGGAAGAUCUGGACAACAACGCUGGGAUCCAGCAGGCACUGACUACACAACAGGUACUCCUGGAGGGCAUGCUGUGGGAGGUGCAGGAAUUCUGCAAGGAACAUCAGUGGAUAACAGAUAUUUAUGAGUUCCUGCAACCCUGGGGGCCUCAGAAACUGGAGGACAUGAUAGGCUGUCCCAUCAAGAAUUAUGUGACACUGGUGAGCCGCCUGAAUGUGUGGCAGGCCCAGGUCUCCAAAAUGCCUGUCGAGUUGCUCACAAAAGGCAAGUUGCUGCUGCUGAGCUGCCAUGAUGUGCAGGCGGAGUUGAAAUCCAAGCUAGAGAGCAUGAGGAAGGACAUUCUCACACAGGUGCAGAAUGAGUGCUGCAGCCGCAGUCAGCAGCUAAUGACAGAACUCACAGAUUUCAUACGGGUCUUCCAAAUCAUCAACUCCGACGUACACGCCAUUGCACAGUGCUCCCAGAAGUUGAACGAGGCCAAUGAACAGUAUGUCAGCCUGGAGAAGCGAAUGGAAUACAUCCGGUCACUCCACGAACUCAUCCACAUCCACUUCAGCCUCUUCACUGCUGAGAAUGAGGCAUUGGAGAAUUCGCUUCUGAGUGUAUGGGAGACUUUUCAGUCUGAGAAAAGUGAGGCCUCGGAGUUCCUGCUCAGAAACCGACAUGCCAUUGUGCCCAAGCUGCAGAAGCUGAUCGCAGCAGCAUUAGCAGAACUGGAAAGCCUGCUUGAAAAAGCUUUGUCUGGUCCUUUCAUGGACCCUACACAAGAACAGAGGAGCACUGAGCACCAGCUCAUCUCUCUAGAGCGUCAGUUCCAGAACACAGUCAGCCAUGUCAGUGAACUGCACUACACCUAUACCACCUUCACUGGGGAUGAGAGUCCUUUGCCUUUGCCACUCUGUGGGACCCGUCCUAUUGUGCAGCAGCAACGCAUCUGGCACCUCUACCGAGUCAUCUCUGAGAACAUCAGUGAGUGGAAGUGCAUGGCUUUUGCUAAGUUCAAUUUGGCUAUGGCCCAGGAAAAGACAGAAGGCUGGCUGACAGAGGCAGCGCGGAUGAGCACAACCCUGGGGAUCCACAGUCCAGUACUGCAGCGCUGCAUGCGCAUGCUGGAAGAGUUUCGCAGCUACCUGCCAUUGCUCACUAAGCUGAGCAGUCUCCAGCUGCAGAACAUCAACUACCAGUCCCUCUUUCGAGCCUUAGGUUUGGGCAGUCUCCAGAGUAUGGAACUCCUAACACUGGGCCAGCUGCUCUCUUGUCCAUUGCUGGAGUUUGCAGAUCGAAUCAGCCAGGUCUGGCAAUGUGAGACUGAACGAAUUCAUGCCCAAGAGAGUCUACAGCGGCUACAGCGGUACUGGGAAAUGCGCCAGCUACGCCUCCUCAACUUCAUCUUGCACGUCCCCUACGAGCCUCCAGUCUUGGAGCACUCUAAGAGGCAGGCAGUCCACAGUUCCCAGUUGGAGGUAGUGGGCAAGGAUAGUGGCACCUUUAUCCUCUCAGGCUACAGCAGCCUGGAGGAUUCCAUCCAAGAAAGUCUUCAGACAUUGCUCAACAUCCUGGCCACCCAAAAAUCAGGAGACUUACACAAAGUAGCUUUGGAGUGGGUGACCAUCAUGCAUGGUUUGGGUGCCCUGCUGGACGUGUGGGUGACUUUCCAGCAGAAGUGGAUUUUUCUGAAUAAAGUUCUGUAUGAGAUGAAGAUCCCAUUUCCUAGUGCUGACCUGCACUCUCGUUUCAAGGCCAUGGAUGAUCAUUAUCGAACCCUGAUGUGCAUCUCCGUAGCUGACCCGAUGGUUCUGUCCCUCACUGUGCCCAGUGCCAAGAGGAGCCCUUACUUCCAAGGCCAGCAGCUCCAGCAGCUGCUGCAAGCUGGAUCAGCGGAGCUGGAGGGCAUCAUCACGGCUCUGGAGAAUGUGCUGUAUGAGGUGUGUGCUCACUUCCCCCGCCUCUUCUUCCUCAGUGACAGUGAGCUGGUGGCCCUGUUGGCUGCCCCUCUGGAGUCACAUGAGACCCAGCUGUGGGUGCAACGCUGCUUUCCUCAUGUGCAUGCUGUGAGCUUCAAGUCCAGUUCAACUGAUGAGAAAAAUAUGGGUGAUCAGCAGGCAAGCCCAGGCACACAGACUCAGGUAGAGGCAUUUGCUGUGCGAGGGGCGAGUGGGGAGGAGGUGAAGCUGCAGGGGCCCCUUCCUCUGCACCUUGACCUUCCCAAGUGGCUGGCCUCUCUAGAGAAGUGUCUACGCUUGGCACUGGUGCACAUGCUACAGGACUGUGUGGCCACCCGCCUCGCUCGGGGCCCAUCCCUAGGCAAGGCCUUUAAGAAGCUGCACCCAAAGAGUCAGUUGUCACAGCAACUGUAUGUCCAUCACUGGCUGGACUUAGUGGAGGCUUUCCCAUGGCAGUGUGUGCUGGUAGCAGAAGAGGUGGUGUGGUGUGCCGAGAUGGAACAGACUCUACUUGAGGGUGGAAUCUUGGCCAUGGUACCUGAGCAUAUGCACAAGCUUGAGGUACUGGUGCAAUUUGUACGGGCUCAGAGGGCCCCCCAGGAUGGGCAACCACUGCUCUCUGUCCGCCAGACCAGCCUGCUCAGUGCCCUGCUUGUCAUGGCAGUGACUCACCGUGAUAUAGCACAGCUGCUGGAACAACAUCAGGUGAGUGACCUGACAGAUUUCCACUGGGUCCGCCAACUCAAGUAUCACCUGGGUUCACCUCACUUGUUCCCCCAAAGCCCCCUGCAGAAUCUUAAGACUAUUGCAUCUACUGAGUCCUCUCUGUCGCCACCUGCAUGCUGGAUAGAUGUACUGGGCCGGUCCUUCCUGUACAAUUAUGAGUACCUAGGUCCCAGACUAGAGCCACUUCCUAUCCUGCUGCCUGAGCGGCCAGUGCUGGUUCUGUUAUUGGCCCUGGAGGAAGUGGCCUGUGGGGCCCUAGUGGGUCCUGAUGGUGUGGGCAAGACAGCUAUGGUGAAUGGCCUGGCAUGGGUCCUGGGCCGUCAGCUGGUGAUGAUGCCCUGCUUGCGUCAGAUAGAGGCCCGGUGCUUGAGCAACUACCUGAAUGGUGCCUUGCAGGGUGGUGCCUGGCUGCUAUUGGAGGCAGUUCAGCAUCUGCCCCCUGGCUUGCUCUCUGCCUUGGGCCAACGCCUGGAUGAACUGCACCACCUCUAUGCCCCACUGUACCAGGAGGUUUCCCGAAGCAUCAGAACCAUAGACCCCACCCAGCCCCAGCUACUUGGCAGUGGCUUCUUUGAGAAACACCAGGUGUCCAUGCGCCUUGGCUAUGGCUGUCUUCUGACACUGCGUGCAGUGGGCCCUGCUGUGCCUGCCAACCUGCACCUGUUACUGAGACCUGUGUCAUUGUCACUGCCUGACCUUCAGCGAGUGGCAGAGCUGACACUGCUGGGUGCAGGGAUGCGGGAUGCCUCCCGCAUGGCUACGCGCCUAUCCAAAUUCUUCUCUCUAGAGCGGGAGCUGGUGUCUGGAUCCCUGCCUGGCCGCUUGCCACUGCUCAAGCAAAUAUUAGAAGAUACAAUACAAACACUAAAUGUGUCCAAGGUAGAACUCAAUUCCCAGCAGCCCUGUAGUCUAGCGGCCAUUGAGGAGGCUGCCCUACUGCAUGCCCUGCUGCGCUCACCACUGUUCAACAUCCUUGAUAGGGUUCGCCUGCACAACCUCCAAGAGCUGCUCUGUGGGCUUUUUCCUAGUGCCAGCCACGUGCUGGCAGAGCCUGUGACUCACAGGCUGAUGAAGCCAUUAAUGGUGGAGGAACUGCGACAGGUAGGUCUGUAUCCUGGCCCUGACAUUUUGGGAUCCCUGGAUCAGCUGAGCCAGGCCCUGAGCAGGUCCUCGGGCAUUCUGCUUUUGGGCCUUGCAGGCAGUGGCAAGACUACUUGUUGGCAAAGCUUAUUUAAGAUUCAGAAUCGGCAAAUAGCCACGCAGGGCACCUCAACCCAGGGCUAUCAACAAGUAGAAAUUACCCACUUGUACCCCAGUGCACUCAGCUCCCAAGAGUUCCUGGGAUGGCUAGAGGGCCCCUGUUGGCACCAUGGUGUCUUCCCCAGACUACUUCGUGCAGCCCCUCAGUAUAACAGCAUGGGUUCAAAAGGGAAGACAGAGGAAUCAAAAGGGAUUCAGCACUGGAUAGUAUGUGAUGGAGCCUCCAGUGCUGCUUGGCUGGACUCCAUCACGUGCCUCCUCAGUGACCCCGCCCAGCUUAGCCUCCCCAAUGGCCAGCAGAUGGCACGACCUCCAGGUACCUUUUUCUUGAUGGAAGUGGCAGAUGCAACAGGCAUGUCCCCUACCUUGGUGGGCCGCUGUGCUCUAGUCUGGUGUGGUGGGGAGCAGACUUGGCAGUCUAUGCUUAGCAUCUUGAUGGCAGCUUUGCCCCAUGAGUACCGCCUGCAGCUCAAGACGGUCACUGAACUCAACCGCCUGGCUGAAGUUCUGGUGCCUGCAACGUUCCGAUUCCUGACCCGCCAGGGUGCCAGCUCUCUGCUGCAGGUACAUGAGCAGCAGGCUGUUUGCCCAGGCGUGGCUGAAGUCACCAGCCUGGCCCGCAUCUUACGUGGUCUGCUUGACCCUCACCUGCGCCAAGAUAAGGAAGAAAAGGCACAUGGCUCAGAGGGCCUCAUCUAUAGUGAUCCUGUGGUCCAAAGAAUCUGCUCCUCAAAAAGCAGCUCUCAGAACAAGUCCAAGGUUGACAGUGAUGGUGAGCCAAAUAAGCGAAGAGAACAUUUGAGGGCUGUCAGCAGCUUUCUUUUUGCCUUAAUUUGGGGAUUUGGAGCCCAUCUUCCUUCCAGGCUCUGGCCCCUCUUUGAUACGUUCAUGAGGAGUUCUAUCAAUUGUCUCUCCAACUACCCUGACCUACCACCCUCAGUCUUGGUAUUUGAUCUACAUGUAAGCCCCGAGGAUGGGACAUUGGUCCCUUUCACUGGCCAGUACCUGAGCAGCCGCAUCAAGGGGAUUCUGGGAAAUUUCCACCCCUCUACUCAGACUGAACGGCUCCUGUAUGUUGUGGACCUGCUCCUGUCGAGGGGACAGCCAGUGAUGCUGGCUGGAGAGGCAGCCACAGGGAAGUCAACCUUUGUUGAGGUGCUAGUGGAGCCAAACAACCCUUAUACAUACAGCCCCAUUCACCCUGCCUUCGGCUCCACGCACCUUCGCCUCCUGCUGAGCAGAGGGUUCCAGGGCCAAACACAAGCCAGCCCUCGGCCUGGGCAACGUCAGGAUUCUAAAGGCUCCCUUCUCUUCCUGCUGGAGGAUCUGCACCUGGCUACUUCUGACCCAGAGAAGAGCUGCCAACCAGUGCUGGAGACUCUGCGCCAGGCCAUGGAUGGCACAGUGUAUGCCCACAACACCUUGGAACUGCAGACACUGCAACCUGUAGUCAACUUCCUUGCCACUGCCACAGUACCAGGAUGCUGUGAGCGCCCACUGUGCCCACGCCUCUGUAGACUCUUCACAGUGCUGGCCCUAGGCAGCAUGACCCAGGCCACUCUGCUGAGCAGGCAUACCCCUAGCAUCCAGGCCUGGCUCGAGCGCUUCCCCUCUAUAGAACAGGAAGGUGUUCUGGCCAGAGCCCUAGUCCGGGCCUCAGUGGAGGCCUGGGAGGCUAUGUGCAACUACUUCAUGCCCUCACCCCUUCACCCACACUAUCGUUUCUCCCUGCACUCCGUGAGCCACCUCCUCGGCAGCCUGCAGCUGCUGCCCACCAGAAUGGGUUCUCGAAGUUGUAUGGACUGUCUGAACCACCAGGAGCACUUGCGCAGGGUGUCAGGCUUACGUGGCACUCGCCUGACUGUCAUGAUGGCCAUGCGUAACAUGGUGCGUCUUUGGUUGCAUGAGGCACAGAGAACCUUUUGUGACCGACUCAACACCCCUAGGGAACGUUCCUACUGUGCCGAUCUGCUCCUAGAAAUAGCUCAGAAUGUCUUCUGCUGUGGGGUGGGGCCCCAGCACCUGGGCAAGGACUACGAGGAAGAUGAAGAGAGGGAGAAGGUGCCUGAAGUGGAAUCUGAUGGGGAGUUGGCUCAGUGGGAGGAUUUAAGUAGCAGUGGCAGUGAGACAGAGGAGGAGGAGGACCCUUAUGGCCUUCAUGUCACCACAGCUUCACACAUGAGUGAUCCGUGUCCAGCACCAUCCACGAGGCCAGGAAGCAGGGAGACUACAGAAAGCACAACUCACCAGAUAGGGCAAGAGGAAGCCACAAAGGCCUCUAGCUAUAAGAUCCAGGCAAAGAAGUGUAAGAAUGUGUGGCAGAAGGCACCCCAGAUGGACCUGGUCUCACCCCUGUUGCUGCCCGUGUUACUACUCCGUCCCCAGGAAAAGCCCUCAGACCUAGUCUUCAGUCAGAAGCUGGUAUUGGGGUCCAACUCUGACAGCCCAAACUUGUACCUGGAACGGCAGUGGGAGACCCUGGAGGAGCAGCUAGCCACCUCCGCUACCCAGCUGAGGCUGAGCCCUCACCUUGCCCGGUGCCACUCCAUGGCCCAGCAUGUGGCCCGCUUGGUCCGGGUACUAGCCAGGCCCCGGCAGCAUGGCCUACUGCUUUCAGGGGUUCUGGGUACUGGGCGCCGUACUGCCAUCACUCUGGCCACUAGCAUUUGCCAGGUCCGCCUUUUCCACCUGCCAUGUGGGUCAGAGGAGGCUGUUCUCCAGUGCCUACGAGACGCCAGCUGGCAUGCUGGUGUAUUAAACCAGCCAACAGCCUUGCUGGUUCCCAAAGGUGUGGAUCUCACUACCUUUCAUCGCUUGCUAGCCCUGGCAACCUCAGGCAGUUUCCCUGACCAGUACACAGAGUCAGAUCUGGACAGCAUAGAAGAACAACUCCCCAGGGAGAACACUGGUGUCAAACAGAGCACGAAGAAGGAAUGCUUGUUGCAGAGGUUCUACCAGCAAGUGUGCAGCCAUCUGCACAUGUUCUUCCUGAUUGGAGAUGACCAGGCCCACAAGCAGCUGCCCUCCACCCUUUUUCUGAGGCUUCUUCAACUGACCACCACCAGCAUUGACCACUAUGAACCCUGGGACCAAGCUGCCCUAGUCAAGGUGGCCAAGUACCACCUGGCAGGUGCUCAGAAUCUACCCCAUGAUGACAAGCCCAUUGAGGUCCCAUCAUUUUUCCUGCCCUCCUUUUCCUAUUUCCCUACAAACUUACAAGACCAGGUUAAAGCCAUGAGCUUUACAGGCUCCUUGAAGUACCCAGACCUCCAGGCCUCAGUUCCCAGUGUGGCCAAAGCCAUGGCCUUCAUCCAUCUCUCAGCUGCUAGCUAUCAUGAACACCUGUGCCCUGUAUUGCCACUUGUGACUCCCAAGACCUUCCUAGACUUUCUGAACACCUUUCUGCUGCUGCACCAACAGUUUACCCUGAAGAUGAAGAAUAGGGCCCGGAGGAUCCAGAAUGCCCUGGAGAAUCUGCGCAUGCUGAUUGAGCAGCACAGUACUUUCACCAGCCUGGUCUUCAACUUGGAACAGCAGCUGAAAGGCUCCCACAAGAACGUCAGCACAUUUCAGCAGCAACUAGAGCAGAGUAAGCUUCUGUACAAGCGACAGUUGUUAGAGUGUCGGCACCAGGAGAACCUCAUCGAGAACCUGAUUAAGCAGCGGGAUGCCCUGCGGGCUCAACAUGAGGCUUUCCUGGAGCAGAUGGGCAAGGCAUUUCUGGGGCCUUUAAGCCAGCUGCAGGUAACUGACUUUGAGGAGAUACGGAGCUAUCGAUCACCACCAGAAUCUGUGGUCCGAGUGACAGAUGCACUGUGUGACCUCUUCCACCGCGACACAGGCUGGGCCAGUGCCAAGCAGCUGCUAUGCACCGAGGAUUUUUAUCAGGAGCUGGUGUUCUUCCCCAAGGAGAAGAUGACAGACUCAGAGCUCAUAAAGCUAAACCAAGCUCUGAAGGCUCCAGGUAUGAGCGAGGCAGCCCUGCGGGCCGUAAGCAUACCUGCAGCAAACCUGGCAGUCUGGCUGUGGGCUCUUCUGCGCUAUGGGCUGGCACAGCGCCGGGGACUGCCCACAGGCCUGCUGCUGAGGCAGGUGGAGGCGACGCUGACUCGGGAGCAGGCCCGCCUAGGCUGUUACCAGUUUCAGGCACAGGAGAUGCUGGAGCAUACUAUGUCUCUGACUAAGAAGCUGGAAGAGGCCCAAGCUUCCCACAGCCAAGUAAUAGAGACCCUCAAUCAGGCACAAUAUGGUCAAUAUCACAAAUGGCCCAUAGAGGCUGCAUUGCUCACGCCCAUGCACACCUGGAUUACACAGCUACAGAAGCUGAAGGUGCGCUGCAUGACUAUGUUUGGAGAUGUCCUCCUAUGUUCAGCCGCCAUCGUCUACCUGGGUCCCUUCCCACCACUGCGGCGUCAAGAGCUACUGGACAAGUGGCUAGCCCUGUGUAGGGGCUAUCAGGAGGCUCUGUGUCCAGAUGAUGUGGCACAGGCACUGAAGCAGGGGCAGAAAUCUAUCAGCAGGCCACCAAAGAACCCCCUGCUGCCCAUAAGCUUUCCUUUCAGUAUUCUGGCCUUGCUGAGCUCUGAAUCUGAACAGUACCAGUGGGACCAAGAUCUGAAGCCCCAGGCAAAGUCAGCUCGCUUGGCAGGCCUCCUCCUGAGAAGCCUCACCCACUAUGAUAGCUGUCGUUGGCCUCUGCUACUUGACCCCAGCAACCAGGCCCUCAUCUGGCUGAACCCACUGCCUCUGGAAGAGACUAGAUGCGUGGCACAAACCCCCACUGAAGGCAGAGGCUCAGACCUCAUGAGAAGCCACAGCAGAGAGAAUGGGGAGGAGGAUUUGGAAGAGGAAGAUGGCAAUAACAGAGAGAGGAAUGAGGCUGAGGAACAAUCAAAAGAGCAGAAGGCAGAAGAAAGGAAAACUGAGAAGAAGAAAGAGCAAGACCAAAAAGAAAAGGAAGAGGAGGAGAAUGAGGCAGAGAGUCAGGGGCCACAGCUGGCCUCUGAGACUCCGUCUCCACCUCUUUGCCUCAGUGUGUUCUCAGGUGCUGACCCAGGGCUGGGUCCUCAGCUCUGUGAGGCAGCUGCCAGCGGCCUUCCUGUGCUCCUGACCAACAUGGAGCUGGGCCUGAGGUGCCAAGAAUUGCAAUGGCUGCUGCAGCGGGACCAGCUGAGUCCACCCGAGGUGCAGCCUGGCUUCUGUCUGUACCUGAGCACUACCCUUCCCCUCCAUACCUUGGAAAAAGUGCUAGGUUGUGAACUGCUGAAGGGGAUGAAUGUGCUGGAUCUGGGCCUGAACAUGGAAAUACUAGAAGAGCAGAUGCUGCAUGAAAUCUUGUGCAGAGAGCGUCCUGAGCUCGAGAACCGCUGGCAUGACCUAAAACUGAGAGCCCUGAAUGCUCACAAAGCUGUGGAGGCUGCUGAGGAGCACCUGCUGCUGAUGCUGCUGCACCAGGACCCAAAGCAUCAGAAACCAGCCAAGUUUCUGCGGGACAUGGUGAGGGCCCAGGCAGAGCUAUGUCAGCUGCGUGCACACUGUGAAGAAGUAGAAGAGCAGAAGAUACAGGAGGUGGUAUUGUGGGUACCAUAUCGGCACGUGGCUUGGCAUGGGAUGGCCAUAGUAAAGGCCCUAAGCCCACUGCAGAACCUGCUACCGCUUUUCCGUAUGAGUCCAGAGAACUGGCUGGCAGCCACCAAGAAGGCUCUGGACAACAUGAAACCACAUGAUAAUCUUCAUGGCGAGGACCUGGACAGCCAUCUGCUGCAACUGAAAAUACAUCUGACACAUCAGCUGCUGGGCAGCACAGUGACUGCACUGGGCCUGACCCAAGUACCCUUGGUGGGAGCCUUGGGUGGUUUGGCUCUGUUACAAGUGACAAGUAAAGCAACAAAGCUUGAGAGGCUGGCAUUCUGGCCUGGACUGGCAGCAUCUCCCAGCACAAGCCAUAGAAAGCCAGCCUCAGGUGUGGCUCGACCUGCCUGGCUAGGGCCGAAAGCCUGGCAGGAAUGUGGGGUGUUGGAGCUGCUGCCCCCAUUUGUCGGGCUGUGUGCAUCCUUGGCUGGCCAUCCUAACAUGUGGCAGGAUUACCUGUCACUCUCAUCCACAGUGCUAGGUCCUGCACCUGGGCCUGGGUCCGAGCCCCUCAGCCUCCUCCAGAAGCUGAUCUUGUGGCGUGUGCUGCGACCGGAGACUCUGGCAGGAGCCCUGAAAGACUUCACCACCAGCCUCUUGGGUCGGCCUCUGGAUGAAAACCUGUGUACCCCCACCGUGUCCUUGGAACGUAGUCGGGCUACUCAGCCCAUACUGAUCUUGUUGCCACCACCUGGUCAGCCUAGAGCCACCCUACAUCCUUUGACUGUAAUUGAGAAAUUGGCAUCCAAGCAUGAACAGGGGCAGAAGCAUCUGAAGGUGAUAGCCCUGGGCUCUGAAGCCUGGGACCCAGUCCCGGUUGUGAUAAGCACUCUAUGCCAGGCUGUGCACGAGGGGCACUGGCUGGUGCUGGAUAACUGCCAUCUGAUGCCCCACUGGCCAAAAGAGCUGCUACAGCCCUUGUUGCAGCUGCUGGAUGAAGCCAAGGUGGUCUCGGACAUGGAAUCAGAACUCCUUUCAGCCCGGUCUGAAAACGGGAAUGUGGCCACUGUCCAUAGAGAUUUCCGUCUUUGGCUUAUUGUGUCUGCAGAGGCCAGUGCUUCCUUGCCAGCUGUGCUGGCUCAUCACUCCAUGCCUGUUUUCUGGGACCAGUCCCUGGAACUGGGCCAUGUCUUGAUUGAUAGUAUGGAGCUAGCCCAGCAAGGACUCUACAUGCAACCUCCUUACCAGGCACUGCCUCUGCUUUUCCUACAUGGCCUCCUGCUACACCGGCAGCUCUAUGGAAUGAGGCUGCAGGGCCACAGGGGGCGCUGGAGUCAAGUUACCUUGACCCAGGUCCUUCAGACUCAAGAUCGGUUGUGGGCCACUGUCAGCAACCCCAGUACUGCCAUGCAGGAGCUGGCUGCUUCAAUUUUCUACGGGGGUGCUCUGGGGGACACCGAGGACAGAGAGGCCCUGGUUAGCCUCACACAAGCCUGCCUGAGCCCUAGCAGCAGGAGCUGGGCCCAGCCACACACACCUCAGUAUCUGUUGGCCACGCUGAUGCCCAGCCCAGACCUAGAGGAGCUGGAUGCAAUAGCAGAGUGCAAAGCCCAGAUGCACUUACUGCCCACACCACCUGAACCUCGGAUCUGCGGACUGACUGAGGGUCCCCAGGCCUCGCUGAUGCGACGCCAGAGUCGUGUACUCCUGAGCGCCCUGCAGAGGAGUUCACCCACGUGGGUUCCUGCGGCUCCUGCAGGGGCCCGGCGAACCGAAAGGAGGUUGCGGCAACGCAUAGUGCAAGCUCGGCGGAGGCUGGAUUCAUUGCAGGCUCUGCUGACCGAAGCUCCUCGCCAUGACGAGUCUGGCGCCUCAUGGGACGUGCUGGGGCCAAAUGUGCAGAGGCCUCUGGAGCGCUUCCUAGAGACCGAGGCGCUGGAGCUGGGACAGCUGGUGAGCAGGCUACAGAGAGACCUCGACUGCCUGUUGCAGCAGCUCAAAGGCGCGCCCCCGUGCCCCUCCCAGCGCUGCGCAGCUGUGGCCCACGCUCUCUGGAAUGGUCGCUUACCCGCGCCUUGGCGAUCCCAUGCGCCCGCCGGUCCGCAGCCGCCCUGGCACUGGCUGCGGCAGCUGUCGCGCCGUGGGCAGCUAUUGGUUCGCUACCGAGGUUUGGGCGCGGAUACCGGCGCUGAAGUACCAGAGCGUGUCUUUCACCUGUCAGCCUUUCGCCACCCGCGCCGCCUGCUGCUGGCACUGCGUUGGGAGGCUGCCCUGGACCGGUGUGUGCCCAGCUGGAGCUGCCCUGAUAGCCAAAGCUUAGGCGCCAGUCCUCUCCGGCAAAAACGUCAGGAGCUGAACAGCAACGCUCUUUGCCUCCGGGUGGAGAAUGACCCAAAUCCCACGGUUCCAGAGAUGGGCCUGCUGCUGAUCGGGUUACAGCUCCAGCAUGCUGAGUGGGACCCGGUAGCUGGGGCCUUGCAGGACAGUUCUUGCAGCCAGCCCAGCCCUCUGCCUCCGAUCAGCGUAAGCGCACAGCCCCCGGGUGGCAAUGACUUGCCACUCCAAGCCGGCCUGGCUGUGUAUUCCUGUCCCGUGUACAUGGCAGGGCCCCUCGGCACCACUAAGCUGCACAGUGGGAAUAUCCUGAUGCACUUGCCCCUACGGACAAAGAUCAGCCCAGCCAUCUGUAUCCAACGGAGAGUUCACGCAUGCAGCCCACCUUUGCCCUGAGCCCUCUACCAAAAUAAAGUU